AUGUUGCAGGAAGAUAAGUUUAAUGUUAAGAAGUUAUAUCAUAGCUUGUCAACUAAUACCCCCAUUGUUCCUUGGUACAAACUAAUGCUCCAUAAUAAAGUUCGGCAUAGGGUUGUUAUGUUGUUAUGGUUGGUCUGUCAUGGAAAACUAGCAACUAAGGCUAGACUACAUAGGUUUAGUAUGGUGGCUAAUACCCAAUGUGUGCUCUGUAUCAAAGAUGAAACUAUUAACCACUUGUUUUUUGGGUGCUUGGAAUUGAAGAAUGUUUGGGCCAAAGUGUUGUUUAGAUUAGGAUACAAUAUGACCCGAUGGAAUGGGAAGAUGGACUUAAUUGGAUCUUGA